AUGGAUACGACAUAUGCGCUUCUGUUGCUUGUAUUUUUUCCAGCAUCUAAUAAAGCAGCAAUAUCCACGGGUGGUGCUAUAGCUAAAUUAGUAGUUACAUUAUCAAAUAGCAACAAUCAUCCAUGUCAGCAACCCCUCCAACGUGGCAACUGUUCACAAAGAAUUCCAUCCUUUUAUUAUAGUAAUCGUGAUCAUAAAUGUCGAAAAUUUAUGUACAGUGGUUGCAAUGGGAAUGAAAAUCGUUUCGUGAAUCGGCGACAAUGUCAAGCAAAAUGUGGUAGAAAACGAAAAUUUCGUGUGAAACAAGACUUCUCCAGUGCAAGUAGUAUACAAAUAUUGCAAAUAGCAGUAUCCGGAUAUAUUUUAGCCAUUUGUCACCAACGAUUUGAUCCGCAAUACCGGAAAUUGUGUCGUCAGACUACGUCGAGUGCACCAGCUUGGGAGCUACGUUAUUUUUAUGAUAUUGACGAAAAUCGAUGUCGACGCUUUUGGUAUGGUGGUUGUAAAGGAUCCGGAAGGAAUCGGAAUAUAUUUGCUAACGAGCAGGCUUGUGAAUUACUGUGUGUAAGGAAAAACGAUCGCAUAUCAAAGGCUAAGGCAAAAAAUUCAACCUCAAAGAAAACGGCUAAUUCGUGCUUUCUAAAAUUUGACACGAAUCUACGCUAUGGUUGUAAGACUUUUGAUUGGCGUCCACGAUUUUUUUAUAAUCAAACAAGCUCAACAUGUGAAAUGUUUUGGUACGAUACUUCAUGCCCGAAACGUCGAAAAGUUACCAAUAUGUUUUACCAUCGCGGGAUUUGUAAAAGACUAUGCGAGCAAUCCGACCAAAUGACUGGAAAACCAUCACAACGAAAUGAUAUACGUCAUAUCGGGCAAAUUUCAGCAAUGUUUUCACAACCGUAUAGUUCCAUGCGGUCAAAAUCGAUACAGAUGCGAAAGAUUUUUGAUGGUCUUUUAAUCGAUGCUUACAUUAAGCCUGUUAAAGCAGCUAAAUUGGAAAUAUCAAACAUAAACUGCAGUUAUACUUCACUUCAUGCUAAUUCAACUCCUUCUAGUAAUCAUUCCGGGAUACAUGUGAUUCCUGCUGGUAAUUCUUUCGGAAUACGUGCAACUCCUGGUAGCAAUCCUUCCGGAAUACAUGUGACUCACUCAUACGUUAAGGAAGCACCGGAAAAUGAUAACGCCAGCAGUUUUGAUUUUCAUAUAUUAAAAGCUGAAUUUCGCCGUUCUCUGCAAAAAGUUUUCCCGAGAUCAGCCAAGGAAGAAGAGGAUAAUGAUAAGACUUAUCACUUCGAUCAGUUCAUGCCUGUUUUAUCAAAAACAUCAAAAUAUAGUGAAUUCGAUCCGAAAUUAGCAGAUAAAUGUAACAUCACAAACUGGUUACCCCGGUACUAUUAUGAUAUAAAAAGUAACAAAUGCCGAAUGUUCUGGAAUAGUGAAUGUACCUCGGAUAACGGCAAUAAUUUUGAAAAUAUUACAAACUGCCAGAAGCGAUGUGCAAUAAGAUGGCCUGGUUCAGGUUCAGAUAAGGUCAAAGGGCAAAUGUUACCCUUGGCACUGAUAACACGUUGCUUGGAGCCAUUGGCAUUAGGCAAUUGUUCGAAAAUGCAUCCCGCUUAUUACUACAAUCGAGGGACACAACGUUGUGAACCUUUCGUGUACAGUGGAUGUGACGGUAACUCAAAUCGUUUCCUUACGCUAAAUCAAUGUCAAACAACGUGCCAUCAAUUUCGUCGGUUAUCUCUUCUGGAAACGAAUUGCUUUUUACCGUUCGAUGGUGGCAAGCAAUUUAAGGAAAGAAAAUGUGCGAAAACACCUGAAACACCUGGAAUAUUUUACUAUUACAGUCACGAGAAUGAAUGUUGUGGGCGAUUCUGGUAUUCCGGAUGUGCCGGUAAUGAAAAUCGAUUCUACGACCUGUCUACUUGUAAAACUGUUUGUCUACAUAUUCCAACAAGAUUCGUCUUUGAAAACGUUCCGCAUACUAAAGUUUACUUCGAGCCGAUUAUGAAAGGGAAAUGCUUAGGUAGUAAUCAGAAAAGUGUUCAACGAUGGGCUUACGAUCACAUUCAACUACGCUGUGUCACAUUUAAUUAUACCGGAUGCAACGGGAAUCAAAAUCGUUUUCUUACCGAAUAUUCAUGCAAUGUUCUGUGUAAAGGCCUAAAACGUCCUUUACAAGAGCGUUGUAUUGCUUAUCCAAAUUGGAGUAAUUGUAAUCAGUUAAGCAAUCAGUGGUUCUAUAACUUGACCAAAGGUACUUGUGAGCAGUUUUUAUGUGGUGACUGCAAUGGUGACAAUGGAAAUCGAUUUGACACAAUUGAGAGAUGUCAACAAAUUUGUGGAGUGCGAACAAAAACCGAAUGUUCCGAGCCAUUGGAUCGUGGAUAUUGGUGUGAAUUGAUGUCCAAUCGUUAUUAUUAUAAUUCCGAGAUAAAUGCUUGUAAAAGCUUUCAUUAUACAGAAUGCGGGAAGAGUCGAAAUAUAUUCAAAACACAGCAAGAGUGUGAGGAGAAAUGUCUCAAUCAAGCGGAUUUGUCAUCCCCACAAUUCCCACUAAGCAACAGUUCAUCUGGGCAAAUAAACUAUCGAAGUGUAAAACCACUUGUGAAACAUAUAUCGCAUGCGCAUCAAAUUAUGGUGACGGAUAAUACUCCCUAUAUAAAGACAGGUGCUCAAUGGCUUGAAGAUGGAAAAUGUAUCGGUUAUAGGUAUAACAUUACCGGUGAAAGAACUCGCCUAAUGAGCUAUCUUUGUUCAAUGGAACCAGGUGGCACUUGUUAUACACAGAUUCUGUCAACCACGAAUGGUGACGAGAAAUGUCGCUUUGUACAGCCGUGGCUGAAAGGAAUGCAUCUAUAUUCCUGGUUUUUUACCAUCGAUCGGCAAUCUUAUCCGAUCGGUGAGCAGGCUUUGAACGAGACAGUUGCAACGCUGAUAAUUCUACCGUCAAAUGAUUGUCAUAGCAUAUGUUGA